AUGAAGACCCCAUUCAGCGACCCCCAUGAGCUGCAUGGCUCCGCGAGGGACAGCGACUCCGACGAUGCUGUCCUGGCACGACUGGGCAAGAAGCAAGUUCUGCGCCGGAACUUUGGGCUGGUGUCUAUGCUCGGGUUCAGCUGUACGAUUCUCGUCACUUGGGAGGGUCUCACAAGUUUGUUCCUUCUGCCAUUGACCAAUGGUGGCCCCGCUGGGACUGUAUAUGGCUUUAUCUUUGUUUGGAUCGGUACCGCGUGUGUUUUUGUUGUUCUGUCGGAGUUGGCUUCAAUGGCUCCAACUUCCGGAGGACAGUACCACUGGGUUUCCAUGCUGGCUCCUCCUUCGAGUGUCAGAUUCCUGAGCUACAUAUCCGGAUGGCUCACGGUGAUCGGGUGGCAGGCAACCUUCGCCACAGCCUGCUAUCUAACAGGCACCAUGAUCCAAGGAGUCGUCGUCCUCACGCACCCAGACUACGUGCCCGCGUACUGGCAUCCGACAAUGUACUACUGGGCCGUCGUCGCCUUCGCAGUCGGAAUCAACGUUGUCGGCCGCAGCGUCCUCCCCAGGCUCGAAGGCCUGAUUCUCGUCGUGCACAUCCUGGGCUUCUUCGCGGUCAUGAUCCCGCUGGUUUCGCUGGCAGAGAUCGGCUCGGCCAGGGACGUCUUUACCCAGUUUAACAACCAGGGGAAUUGGUCGUCGGACGGACUGUCGUUCUUUGUUGGUCUGAUUGGGUGUGUUUUUGCCUUUGCUGGUGGCGAUGCUGCUGUUCAUAUGUCAGAGGAGAUUGAAAACGCCAGGGUCGUCGUCCCCCGGUCCAUCCUGCUCAGUGUCCUGAUCAACGGCAUGCUGGGCUUCGGUAUGCUGAUCGCGGUGCUGUUCUGCCUGGGAGACCUCGACACGGCCCUGGCCUCGCCAACUGGAUAUCCAUUCAUGGAGAUAUUCCGCAACGGGACGGGCUCUGUUGGAGGCGCUGCUGCCAUGUCUGCCGUCGUUAUAACGGUGUGUAUCUGCUCCUCGACCGGCAUGAUGGCUGCGACCUCUCGCCAGUUCUGGUCGUUCUCGCGCGAUCGAGGUGUCCCGGGCUGGAGGUUAUGGAGUCGAGUUUCUCCAUCCACUUCCAUCCCAGUCUGGUCGGUUGUGCUCACGACAGUAGUCUCCUUCCUCCUGGCGUUGAUCCCCAUCGGGUCUGAAGUAGCAUUCAACGACCUAUGCGCCAUGUCCAUCUCCGGCCUGUAUGUGUCGUACAUCCUAGUCGCAGCUCUACUCUUGUGGAGGCGUCUCAACAAGACCAUCUACUUAUCAGCCGAUUCCAAUGAGCCCGUGAACACGAUCGGCGCAAAGCUGGUCUGGGGCCCGUUCCAUGUCCCUGGGAUCUGGGGCGUGCUGGUCAACAUCUUUGCCAUUGUCUACGCGCUUAUUGUGGUGUUUUUCAGCUUCUGGCCGAGCGAGACGCCGGUUGUGCUGGAGACUAUGAACUUCAGUGUCGUGGGCACAGUCAGCGUUAUCCUGCUGAGCAUUGUGUACUAUUAUGCCCGUGCUCGUCAUGUAUACACGGGUCCUAUUAUCGAGACUCACUACUAG